AUGGGUUUAAAAUAUUUUCAAAGGAUGGCUACGGCUGUCGAACAACUAGUAAUUGAUCCACAGUCUCGUUUUCUUGAAAUGAAAUCUCUUCAACCAUAUUCAACUACAGACGAAUAUCUAUAUGCAAUGAAAGAAGAUCUUGCAGAUUGGCUUUCAAAUAUGUAUCCCGAGUGGCGUCCUAUUACGGCUGAUAGUUUUCUUGAAUGUUUAGAAAAUGGCGUUCUUCUUUGUCAGCAUGCUAACAAUGUAAAUGAUGCUGCGCGUAAAGCUUAUUCAUUAAAAUUAGCCCCGCGGCCAUUAUCAACGUCAACAUUAGAAAACUGUAAAUAUCGUCCUGAUGCUCGUCCACAAACAUUCAAUGCUCGUGAUAAUGUUUCACAGUUUAUUAAAUGGUCACGUCGAGUUGUUGGCGUACGUGAAGUUCUGAUGUUUGAAUCCGAUGAUUUAAUAUUACGAAAAAAUGAAAAAAAUUUUCUUUUAUGCUUACUUGAAAUUGCUCGUUAUGGUUCACAGUUUGGUGUUAGCGUUCCCGCUAUUAUAAAACUAGAAGAUGAAAUCGAACGAGAAAUUCAACGCGACAAACAAACUGAAAUCAUGUCAUUCACUGAGUUAAGACGUUUACAGCGUGAAGAAAAUCUUAAAAAUAUUUCAAAUUCAACAAGCCAUGGAAAAUAUAGUCGAUUAUUAAAAUUCGUCCGUAGUGAAGCUCAGGAUUCAAAUAGUAGUCAUAAUAGCAGUGAUGACACAGUGAAAAAUUCCUACAAUACUUUUUCUUUAUCACAUUCAAAUGGUGCCAAUUGGUUAAGACAACGUAUAUCUCGUAUACCGAAAUUCUCAUAUCAUCAUCAUCAUAGUAAAAACCGGUAUAAUAGUGGCGAUAGUCACGAUAGUACAACAUGGAGCGAUGCAACAACAACAACAACAAUCGUACCUAAUAAAGAACAGAAAAUAAUACCACAAAUUAGUCGAACUUUAGGCGAAGGUGAAGUUCGAACUGAAAUACCAACAGCAUCAUCACAAUUACAUAAAACAGUUGUACAAAUGACAAAUUCAUGCUGUUGUGCACAACGGUUUCCUGUAAUACGUAUUGGUGAAGGAAAAUAUAGAAUUGGAGAAAGUGGAACAAUCAUUUUCAUACGAAUUCUUCGAUAUCAUGUAAUGGUUCGUGUCGGUGGUGGUUGGGAUACUCUUGAGAACUAUCUAAAUAAACAUGAUCCAUGUCGACGCGCAACCAGUCAUCGUCGAUUAGAACCUAAUGAGUUUCAUAAAGACAUACCGAUUCUUGCUAUACCAACCAAUACGACAUCAUCUUGUUUUUCAAAAGUGACUCCACAUGGUAAAUCAGUAACAAUCAAAACUGAAGAAUUUCCACUUACGAAACCAUCUGGUCAUGAUACAAAUUUAGCUAAUGCUCAACUUCUAAUAACUCGUGAUGCUCAUGGACGUCAUCAUAUUGGACAGAUAACAUAUAAAAGUGAAGAAAAUCUUGAUCAAUCACAUGCAUGUCCUCAUCAUCAUGUUAAACAACCAUCUCCAGCACCAAAAGUAAAAAGUGCUCGUGGUACAGGACGUCUAAUAACCUCGUCAAUGUUUAAUAAACAAUCGUCACCAAGUAUCGACCAAGAUUGUUCAUCGUAUUCAACAACAUUUUCAAUUGAAACUAAUCCAACGAAUACAUCCCUGAACGAAUAUCGCCCGUAUAAAACUUCAUCGAUUCAUGAACAACAUUCGCCAUCAAAAAUUAUCAACGAUAAUUAUAAAGAAAAUCAACGAAGAAUAAAAUCAACUGUUAAAAAAUCGAAAUUAGGCUUUAUAGAAUCAUUUAUUGAUAAUGUCGAUGGUUAUAUGACGCCUACAUUAGAUGAUUGUGAACACGAUUUUGAUAUUAGUGAUAUUGAUGAUGCUAUGCAAAAUAAUAAUCACGAUGAAGAUCGCACACAUAUCGAUGAAGAUAGUUUAGAAAGUUGUGAUGGCGUGAUAGAAACUCUGAAGGAAUCAAUAUCACCACCGCGUUCAACUAUUUCAGACAUGGAACCAAUUCUAUCGAACGUAAAACCAGGUGCGAUUUGUACAGCAUUAUAUUUAGCUCACAAGCAAAAACAAGCAUCGAAUUACAAAAAAUCGCCAUCAGCGUUUUCAUAUUCACGUUCAAAUACAUUACCGAAUGUUAUUGAAGCUUUGAAAAAAGAAGAGCAACAACUAAAGAAAUCACAUCGUAAACCAUCAACUGUUACACAACGUUCACAAUCAAUUGAAUUGUUCGAUAAAAAUCCUAUCAAUGAUCCAUCGAGACUUGAUCGAGAUUCUGGCUUUGAUGAACAAGAUUUUCGUUGUGAACGUUCUCAUUCAAGUUAUGAUGAUAAUUCAAGUGCAUCAUCAGUCAAAAGUGUGCGAAGUUCAAUUGCACGUUCUGUAUCAUCCGACCUCAACGGACAAUCUUAUCGAGAGAAUAAAGCUUAUGAAUUACGUGUCAAAGCGCUUGACAAUACAAGACUUUUAAAUGAACAAUAUGUACAGGAUGCAAGAUUAAAUGCGCGAAAAAAUUUUAGCUAUCCAACAGCGCGAACAAAUAAUACAGUUCUGCCUACGACACAUAAAUAUAAAAAAAAUAGUCAACCAAAUUUUUAUCUUAAACGUCAAGAAUUAUAA